GAAAACAAGACGCUGUCAGUUGGGAGCCACCCGCCAGAGCGCGGCAGGCAGAAGCCACAAGAAAAUACACUAAGUGCCCGUGACCUGUGUGUGCCUGAGUCACCUCCGGGGCACACUGCUCAUGUUGGAACCCAGGCAGCUGAGGGACACAAGAGGAAAAACUACAAUGAAAACCAAGAAGCUACAGAAGGCACUUGCUUGGUAUUGGAGAACCUUUCCUAGAAUAUUUUUGUUCCUUGUGAUUAUCAUCGCUUUGUUUUCCAUUAUUUGGAAUAAACACCAAGAAGAAUGUAACUGCUUUAAAAUGGAAAAAGCAGGAAAGGAAGGAGCCACUCAUUUGCAGGCUAUUUGUGAGACACUACAGAAUCAGAAUUUUACUGUAAAAAGAAGUGUGAUGGAUCCAUUGCCUAUUCCAUAUGAAUAUCUCUUAGGCUUUCCUCCUACCAGGAAAAAAUACUUGUCCAUUGGAAUCUCCUCCAUACAAGAGAAGAAUAGAAAAUACCUACUGAAGACAAUUGAGUCCAUUUUUAAACGUUCCAGCCCAAUGGAUUUAAAGGAGAUGGUCCUAGUUGUCUACUUGGCGAAUAAUCAUUUUCAUCUAAAUAAGAAACCAGCCACAGAUAUUAAAGAUGAAUUUAGCUCGUAUAUUGAGUCUGGAAACCUUCUUGUUAUAUACAGUUCAUUAGCCAGUUACCCAUCUUUAGAAGGCCUGAAAAGAAGCUUCUUUGAUAAAGAGAAAAAAAUUCAGGCCAAGUCAAAACAGAAUGUAGACUAUGCUUAUUUAGUUAACUUCUGUGCCAGUCUUUCUCACUAUUAUUUGAUGUUGGAAGAUGAUGUGAUUUGUGCCAAUGGUUUCUUUUCAGUUAUACGACAAUACAUAGAAGAUAAAAAUGAGCCUUGGACUACAGUAGCCUUUUCCAAACUGGGCUAUAUAGGAAAACUCUAUCACAAUGAAGAUCUUCCCAAACUGGCACGAUUCCUGUUGAUGUUUUAUUCGGAGAUGCCUUCUGACUGGCUCUUGGAACUUUUCUACCAGUCCAAAGCUCAGAAAAAAAUGAUUACCUUCACGCCUUCUCUUUUUCAGCAUAUUGGUAGAAUUUCUUCUUUUCACAAUGUAGAAAAUAUAUUUAAAGAUUCAGAGUUCCAUGAAGAUUUUGGGGAUUUUGGAGACUUCAUUGAUGCUUCCUGUUACACAGACAUAGCAGUAUUUCAAGAUUACCUGGCUCAAGAAGUAUGCCCACCUGGAAGAGGUUUCUUCUGGGGGAAGAAUGUAACAACAGGGAAAACUUUCACAAUGAUUUUUCAAACACCUAUCAUUCCUCUGAGGGUUCAGAUUUAUACAGGAUCAACUAAAUAUCCUCAAGACAUUCUUCAUUCUGGUUAUGUAGAAAUGGGCAAACUGAAAACAGAAGAAAAUGGUACUGUAACAUGCAAGUAUUUCAGAAAAGUAGGAGAUUUUCACAUUGGACAGUUUGAAAUGGACAACUAUGAGGCUUUGACGGAGCAGAUUGACUGCCUUCGAAUACAGGUAACAGCUACACAAAAGGAAUGGCUAAGAAUAAGAAAAAUAAAUAUUUGGGUUAAGAAGGAUUAAUUAUGGGUUAAGAUUUGGAUUCUGUACACAAAUUUGAAUUUGCCACUUAUGCUCAAAUAUGUUGUAAAGGAAUCCAUAUUUUAUUUUACUGUAUAAAAAUCCCAGAGUUAUAUGACAAAAGCAACUGUUUCACCAAUA